CCAAGGCAAACAAGCAGCAUUCCCUGCAAGGUCUGCAACGAGAACUGCUUCACUUUGCGCCAGCACGGAGUGGGAAGCAGGGGAGCCAGGAUGUCUUCCGGAGGCUUUCUGAAGGAGCUGCAGGUCAUUGGGGAGAAGCUUCUCCUUAAGCUGCAGCGGCUGCCCAAGGCCGACCCCGUGGAGAUCGUGUGUUUCUGUGUCAUCCUUCUGUUCAUUGUUACUGUGCUGGUGAUGAUGGUCAUCGCCUGCAGCUGCUGCUGCUAUAGCUGCUGUACCUGUGGUGGCCGUCCUGACCACAGGCGGAGGAAGAUGCAAGUCCGCCCAGCUGCRCAUCCGUGAGGUGGAGCAAGAGCUGCCACGACCUGCUACCAAGGACACGCGUGGCCAUCAGGAUUCAGUCACACCGGAAUCACUGUCUACACUAACUCAUCGAAUAUGGCAAUAAGAGCAUUAACGAACAUGACUCAGAGGACCACAAAUCACAGCCUAGA